GUGUGCGCGAGCGGAGAGCGCCGCGCGUGCGCAGUGGCGGCGGGCUGGCGGAAGGCAGCGGGGCUUUCGGCGUCGGCCGAUUCGCCGGGCGCGCGGCGGCGGCGCUCCGCCAUGAGGCCCUGCCCGCCGGCGGCGGCGGCGCGCGCGCGGGCGUGAGGGAGGGAGGGAGGGAGGGCGCCGCCGCCGGAGCUGCUGCUGCUGCGUUCCGCCAAGAUGGCGUGCGUGCUGGAGGCGCCGCUCCGCAUGAGCGUCCUCUCGGAGGUAACGGCUAGUAGCCGCCACUAUGUUGAUAGAUUAUUUGACCUCGAUCCUCAGAAAGUCCUGCAAGGUGUCAUAGAUAUGAAAAAUGCUGUAAUUGGAAACAACAAACAAAAAGCCAACUUGAUUGUUUUGGGAGCAGUUCCAAGGUUGCUGUAUUUACUUCAGCAAGAAACCUCCAGCACAGAACUGAGAACGGAAUGCGCAGUGGUCCUCGGAAGCCUUGCAAUGGGUACAGAGAAUAAUGUCAAAUCCCUUCUAGACUGCCAUAUUAUCCCAGCCUUAUUGCAAGGAUUACUGUCACCAGAUUUGAAGUUUAUUGAAGCUUGCCUGCGGUGUCUCCGUACCAUUUUCAUCAGUCCUGUAACUCCAGAGGAUCUACUGUACACAGAUGCUACAGUUAUCUCCCACCUCAUGGCACUGCUCAGUAGGUCUCGAUAUACACAAGAAUACAUAUGUCAGAUCUUCUCACAUUGCUGCAAACUUCAACACUGGCAUAGCUGCGGCUUUAAAUCAUUGCCUCAGCCACUUCUGUGUGCCAAUGGUCCAGAUCACCAGACAAUCUUAUUUAACCACGGAGCUGUUCAGAAUAUCGCACAUCUGUUAGUCUCCACCUCCUACAAAGUUCGAAUGCAAGCAUUGAAAUGCUUCUCAGUUCUAGCCUUUGAAAACCCACAGGUAUCAAUGACUCUUGUAAAUGUGUCGGUUGAUGGAGAAUUGUUACCGCAAAUUUUUGUGAAGAUGUUACAAAGGGACAAGCCAAUUGAAAUGCAGCUCACAUCGGCCAAAUGCCUUACUUCCAUGUGCAGAGCGGGAGCAAUACGGACAGAUGAUUCUUGCAUUGUUCUUAAGACUCUGCCAUGUUUGGUUCGAAUGUGUAGUAAGGAAAGACUGCUGGAGGAGCGAGUGGAAGGAGCAGAAACACUGGCCUAUUUGAUUGAAACAGAUGUGGAGCUCCAGAGAAUUGCCAGCAUUACCGACCACCUCAUUGUCAUGCUUGCUGACUACUUCAAGUAUCCCAGCUCAGUGAGCGCAAUCACCGAUAUCAAGAGGCUUGACCAUGAUUUGAAGCACGCCCAUGAACUGCGCCAGGCUGCUUUCAAGCUCUAUGCUUCCUUGGGGGCAAAUGAUGAAGAUAUCCGAAAAAAGAUCAUUGAGACUGAAAAUAUGAUGGACCGUAUUGUUAAUGGCUUGUCUGAAUCUAGUAUCAAGGUGCGGUUAGCUGCAGUCAGAUGUUUGCACAGUUUGUCUCGUUCUGUACAGCAGCUCAGGACAAGUUUUCAGGAUCAUGCUGUAUGGAAACCUUUAAUGAAGGUUUUACAGAAUGCUCCAAAUGAAAUUCUCAUAGUAGCAUCUUCCACGCUAUGCAAUCUUCUUCUGGAAUUCUCUCCAAGCAAGGAGCCUAUUUUAGAAUCAGGAGCCAUAGAACUUCUAUGUAGUUUAACACAGAGCGAAAAUCUUGCCUUGCGAGUGAAUGGCAUUUGGGCUUUAAUGAAUAUGGCAUUUCAAGCAGAACAGAAGAUCAAAUCAGACAUCUUACGAGGUCUGAGUACAGAGCAGUUAUUCCAGUUGCUUUCUGAUUCUGAUGUAAAUGUUCUGAUGAAAACUUUGGGACUGCUUAGGAAUCUUCUGUCUACUCGCCCAGGAGAAAGAGAUAUUGGUGGAGGAAAAGAAAGGGGUAAUCCCCUGUGAAGAACAGAGGGAAAACAUGCAGCAAACAUUUGGCAAGCCAACAUUUUUGUGGGGGAAAAAAACCACGAAGCCUCUACCUGUGCAUUUAUCACGUAUUGUGUUUCUACCAUAAAAAGGUCACUGCAAAAAAUCUUCUGAUAUUUGUACUCGUUGAGUCUCAAUAAGCUUCAUAGAAAAUUAGUUCUGUCUUAAUGUGAAAAGAUAUUUAAUAACCAGUCAUUCAUUAAAUUCACCCUGAGCUCUUGACAGCAGAGUCUCAUUAUCACUGAAGGUGUUCUUCAUCUGAAACUAUGUCCCAGCUUCACCUACUUUCUGUAGUAUGUUUUAGAGCCAGAACCAACCAUUCUCAUUCUCUACCCAAAACUCACUCCAGAAUAACUCAUCCAGCAGCUCUUGAAUGAAGUCUUGUUAUUAGUGAUUUUAAGAAGUCCUACAAAAAUCCCUAACAUCUUAAAAAAUUGUAGCGUACCAUGUGCUAGUAAUCUCUGGUGGCUGUUUGCUGUCACUCCUGAGUUUUGAUAUCAGUUAUUCCAGUAGAUCUAAUUUCAUCUUUUUCCGUUACUCCUAAUUAUCAAUUUUAUUCUAGUAUAGGUGUUUAUAGUCUGUGAUCAAAUGACCUUUUACCUGUAAGUCUCUUAAGUUGAGGCAGUUUUCGUAGACAAUAAGUAAUGUAUGUGGCUUAUUUCUCUGAACCCUCUCAGACUUUUGAAAUGUGGAUAUGGGACCUGGUCAUAGCGUUCCAGUAAGAGCAGCAAAUACCAGAUAAGGAACUUCAGUUUUCUUCCCUCUCUCUGAUAUCCCCAUUAUCAGAAGAGAAGUGGUUCUUUCGAACUGCAGCAUCAGACUUAGAGCUUGGGUCCAGCAGGAUUCAGUCUUCAGACUGGCUUCCAUGUGACUGGGAAACCAGUGUCUCUUCUACGGGUUACAGUGAAGUCAGAACUAAGGCCCAUAUCAUGCUCUCUCAAACAAGACCAGGCUUCAAAUGAAGAGGAAUAUUAUGAAGUGUUUCUGCUGUGAUAAGGUCUUGGUUUUGGGAGACCUCACUAGGAGCUAGGGGUUGCUACUCUGUACUUAGAGUAAUUCAAAUAGGAAUGCCGCCUUCUUCUGGAAAGUUAC